CGCAGCGCGUAGCCUGCAAUUCGCAAAUCUCUGCCCAUUCUGCUGAUUGGCACAGCGGAAUGGCAGCAGUGCCCUGCGGUCCCGUCACAUCCGGCGCUCCAUACAUUGGCUGGCACCUUGACGACUUUUUAGCCCGCUUGAAUUCCGCUCCCAUUCGAUUGAGAAAUCUGAAAUUGUUCGGUGGUUUCGUUCCAGCGUCAACUUAAACACCUUCAAAGAAUCACAGCAAUUACACUCAACUAUCUAGCGGCCAGUCUUGCACCAAAUUCGGCAACAAUGGACUUCCUCCGGCGAGUGUCACUCGACUCAGUUCGGUUGCCCAAUGACGAGUGCGAAGGUGUUCCUUCCACACAAACAUCAAGCUCGAUCUGCAUCUUCAGGGCAACUUCCACUUGGAAGGAGAUUGAUAAGGAGGCAGCCGACUUUCUUGACAUUUUUGACUCCUUGAGGCUUGACUCAGCUCUUAUAGCCUACGUUAAAUCAUCCAGGGCAGGAUGGUAUGCCCUGAGGCAAAUGGAAAACGGUUUGUAUAGUUUUCUCCUCAAAGACUACAUGUACAUGCUUGCAUGGACUUUUGACCCAGACAGAAUGGAGACGAGGGCAAUUGUGUGUGAAAGGAGUGAAUACAUCUCUCGCUCCAUUUUGAAAGGCGCAGGUGGUCAAUUUGACCUACCUGGACUCUGCACGCUUCAUCUUUACCAUCCCUUGGCGUUGGCAUGCAUCGUUCUCGUCGACUUCGUCUCGUAUUUUGACAAGCUAUUGGUUCAGGAGGGCUACCAAGUGGGGGGAAUCGAGGACAUCACCCGCCAUGGGUUCUGGGGGGUCGACGACGGGCAGGAACAUGAGGUGCCCGAAGCGGAGUUGAUUAAAGCAUCGAGGAAGAUUGCUAGGCUCAUCGGUCUCUUCGCAAAUAUGUUCAAGAGCCUCGAGAUCGCCCACGCAAUCGCGGCAACACUGAAGGAACAGGACAAGUGGCGGGAUCCCUUACACGUCAGCACUAAAGUACAGAGUGCCAAAGUCCACAGCGCCGAAGUGCAGGACUGGCGAGAAAAAUGCGCAAUCUCCCUCACCGAAGCCACCAGUAUCCUUCAUGGACGAAUACGAGCUAUGAAGCAAUCUUGCCAGGUAUUUGAUGCAAGGGCAAAAGCUUUGUCAAGUGUGAUAUCAACCCUGAUGCGCCGCGAGGACACCCGUAUCACAAAUGAACUGACCAAGGCCAGUAACAAGCUGGCUGCGGCCGCAGCUCGUGACAGCAGCGACAUGAAGGUGAUUGCCAUCAUGACCAUGGCAUUCCUCCCGGCAACUUUUUUUGCUGCACUAUUCGCGUUGCCAUCUCUGGACUGGCAGUCCCCCGGAGUGAUGGACAACAAAUUCUGGGUCUAUUGGGCCUGCACAGUACCCACUACUCUGGCUGUUUUCAUUCUAUGGGACGUGCUGCAGGCAAAUAAGAUAAAGAUGUUAUUUCAACGGUGGAGGAAUCCAGAGGCCGUGGACAACGAAACCACUGCGGACCAGAAACAUAAAGAGCCCCAGGGAAUCCAGAAACAGGACGUAGAGAUGGGCAGGGGGGUUAGGGACGAAAGAAAUAGGGACUUGUUAGGCCUUGCGGCCGUGGAUGGGGGGCUGAACUGUCAGGCCAGCACUUUUACCGUGAGUAACAUGGCAUUAUAGGCUGCUGCUGUUGCAAUACAAGGAAAGGAGGGCGUGGGACAGCCGGCACGGGAAAUUGUGGACAUCUUCAUUAGCAGAGAGUUUCCUCUAUUUCACUUCAUACUGCUGCUGGAAAGGCUAGGCAGCAUAUGGCGCAUUCACGUAAAAUUUCUUCCCUUGUCUUCUUCUCCUACCCCUGGAACGUCUACAGCGAAGAGACAUUUAAACUCAUGUCUAAUUUAUGAUAUGUGUAUAUAAAUAUUGACACAUGAAUGGAUAGCCACACGUAUAACAAGAAUCGCAGAGUUUAGGGUCUUAGAUCCCAAUAUAGGGGUAACUCGAACGUUUAUUCUUAGCCACAAUGUAGAC